GAUACAUGAACGUCCCCCUGCUGGAGCGGCACCGCAUGGAGCAGAUCCUGGAGACACAGAGGCAACACAUCCCCUGCAUUCAGGAUCCUGCUGGUGUCCGCCUGUACACCAGGACGGGACAGCUGACCCGGGGGGGGGGUGUCUCUGCCCGUCUACCGCUGUGCCCGUGGCUCCACGUCCCUGGAGUCCUUCCACCUGCACCUCAACAGGUUCAUCCCGGGCUCCUCUGCGAGGGGGACCUUUUUCCAGAUGUUCCUGUUGGAGGGGCUCACGAGGUGGAACGAGGACCGGGGAAAGGCGGCAGCGGGGGCCGAGGGGGCUGGCACCAGCUGCUACAGCGGCCAGGAGCAAUACACUCUCCACCAGCUCACGCAGCAGUUCUUCCAGAGCACGCUGGUGGAGAGCUACGUGAAGCUGCUGCAGUACACAGGUGAGCUCAUCAGGAUCAGCUAUCUGUACAACCAAACGGGAAAGGUUCUGCAGCCCCUCCCUGAGGAUCCCGAUGAGCCCGAUGACAGCGAGGAGGUGACUGUUGAGGAGGAGGAGGAGGAGGAGGAGGAGGAGGAGGAGGAGGAGGAGGAGGAGGAGGAGGAGGAGGAGGAGGAGGAGGAGGAGGAGGAGGAGGGAUAUGACCACGACAGAGAGAAUUUCUUUGAUCUUCCUGCUCCUCCUACUCCUCUUCCUCCUCCUUCUGCUCCACGGCAUCCUGCUCCACGGCAUCCUGCUUGGCGUCCUGCUCCACGGCAUCCUGCUUGGCGUCCUGCUCCACGGCAUCCUGCUCCACGGCAUCCUGCUCCACGGCAUCCUGCUCGGCGUCCUGCUCCACGGCAUCCUGCUCGGCGUCCUGCUCCACGGCGUCCUGCUCCACGCUGCUGCUGCAGCAUCCUCCACCUCUUCCUGGGCCUUCGCAUCAGGCCACUGCUGUCAAUGUUGCAGCCCCGGCUACCAGCAGGUGCGUCGGCUGGCCCCACGGUCUGGUGGAGAUUUGUGAGAAGGGAAGACAUCACCCAGGAGGAGGUGGAGGUGCUCAUGGGUCUUUGGCAGAACCUCCUGGAUGUGGAUAAGGGCCGUGUUAGUGUAUCCCUCACGCUCACAGGGCCCAGCUGA